AUGGCUGCCAAUCUACCAUACGAGGUCAAGAGAUUAAUCUACGGUUAUGUCGACAUCGAGGCUUUGAAGUCAUUGCGCCUAGUGUCAACUUCGUGGGCUGUGGUCGGACUGGAAACGUUGCUACUUCCCUGCUUCACCAUCAAGUCGUAUUCUCUCGAUAUUCCGCGGCUUAUCAGUAUUGGAGCCAGCCCAAAUGUGUCACGUCAAGCGGCCAGAGUCAUCAGGAAGGUCAAAUUUUACAGCAGUGUAGACUUUGUCCCUACGCGAGAGGAGCAGGAGGCACUGGAAGAACUUGAUGCUAUUAUCGAGCGAAGGCAUCUCGAUGAUGAGCAAGAGCGGGACAGAGAUUCGCUGAUCCGUGCCUUUCGACAGGCACCUCAAGUCACCACGCUCGAUGUGGUGUGCCCCAAUCCCUUCAAGCACCGUAUUCUGAGAAAAGUAUGGGAAGAGUAUAACAUGGAAACUUAUCGGUCACUCCAAAGUCAACGGGGAUCGAGCCAAUUGGUGGACAUCCUAGCUGCGGCAAAACAGGCAGGGUUGGAGAUCCAGCACAUGGGCCAUGAUCAGCUCACUUCGUUCUUUUUCAGCGGCGAAGAGGACCUAGUGACUCCGGAUAUUUAUGGAUAUCUCAACGGAUUGAAGUCCCUUAACCUGACCAUAUGCGAUCAGCCGCAAGAGUUCCUCUCAAAUGGCAUCGCCAGCACCCGGCUCCGCAAGAGGAUUUCAGCAUCCCCGAAUCUGGAAAACAUCUACCUCAAGUUUGAAUUGCUCCUGCCUGUCCCGCUCGACUUCCUCCCGCAAACCCCGCCAUGCCCAACCAAAUUGCAUACACUUUCACUUUCUGGAGUGAGUAUGGAUACAGCCCAAUUCUUCUCCUUCCUUGGAAGGCAGGUAGAUUCUCUGAGACGUCUAUCUAUCCUGGGAGAGUUGGUGGACGGAAGUUGGAAGGCGUUCCUCGAAGCAAUAAGAGAUAAGUUCGGCUCUACUCUAGAGAAGUUCCAGGUCUCAGGGGUUUUGAAAUCACUGGAAGCGGAUGGCGAGACAUGGAUGCUGUUACCGAUCUACAAGGCGGAUUGGACAGACUUUUAUUCGACGUUUCGUGAUACAAGGAGGACAAAAGAUCUUGAAGACUUUGUGCUUAGAGGCGGGGAUUGGCCAAUGACGAAAGAGGAUGACAUCUCGAGCCUGCUGACUUGA